AUGCCCAAGAGAAAGGAAGCAAAAGGGACAAAGGUGACCCUCAAAACUGCAAAGAAUGCUAUACGCACGACCCCAGAUGGACGGCGUAGACUCGUUCUUAGCAACAUGGGAAUAACCAUAUUUCCAAAGUGCCUCUUCAAGCUAACCUUUGUGGACGAGUUGGACUUGAGCCGCAACCUCAUAGAGAAACUCCCAGAAAACUUUGGGAACUUGUCAUCACUCAGAUGGCUGGAUCUACACAGUAACAAGCUAGUGUCUGUGCCCGAGUCCAUCGGCAACCUUAGGGGACUUACACACCUAAACCUCUCCAACAACUGCUUAACCUUUUCAGGUUUACCCUCCACCCUGGGCUCCCUGACUAAUCUGAAGAGUCUCAAUCUAGGAAUGAACCAGCUUGAUGACCUGCCUCUCACUUUGGUGGCCUUGGAAAAUCUUCAAGAAUUGGGCCUGUUUGAUAAUCUCUUUAAAAAGUUACCACAAUUUCUGCAAGGCCUACGCAACCUCACCAAGGUGAAUGUGAAACGAAAUCUUCUAUCAUACAAUCAAAGAAAAGAUGAGACAUUACUGAAGGGAAAGUCAGAGCAUAAGGAGGAUGUGUAUCUGGUCCACGAGAGCAGCUUGUGUAGGACCUGCCUUAAAAGGUGUCAAGCAGAGAGGGAAAAGCUUAUUAAAGGAGGUGGGGAAGGGAGAAGAGGAAGGAGAAGGGAAGCAGAAGGAGGAGGAGUAGAUAGUUCCGUGUCUGAAAAGAAAAAGAAAAGUGCAUUUCCUGGCCUGAUGGCACCAAACUCAGUGGCUACAGUCAAUCAGGAUUUGUGGCGACUACGAGAAAAGCUUGAAUGUGUGCAAGUCAAAUGA